AUGUUUGAUCCUGAUGUUAUUCAGGAGGCCCCAGAACCAUAUCAGUUUCAAUUUGAAAAUACGGACGAGGAUGGUAACACUAUCAGCCGAUCAGAAUCUGGUGACGCAAAUGGUGCUGUAAGUGGAUCCUAUGGAUACAAGACUGCCGACGGUGUCUACCGUCAGGUGGAGUACGUAUCCGACGUGAACGGAUUUCGUCCUAAAAUCAAAACGAACGAACAAGGUACUAGCAACUCAGCAUCAGCUGAUGUCGAGAUUGUAGUUGAAGAAGCUGCUGCCCCUGCCCCUCAACCUGUCCACAAGAUCGUGAAAAUAAUUCAACCUGUCCACGGCCGUUACAUCCAUGUUCCUUACUACGGUGUUCACGCGGUUGCUUAG